AAGAUUACUUGUUGCUGAUCGACCCGCGCGUUUCACCAUGCUGAAACCCCUCUGAGCAGAAUGGAAUCGUCUAUAUUGAACUUCCAAGAUGGCGUAACUUUCUAAAGAGGAAGUCAACUUUGGUGUUGGAUCCCUGCACCCUAGAAAUCAACUUUCCCGACUUUUUCUCACCCGUGAAGCACCAACAUCAGACAGGAUGUGACGCUUGAUAAUCACAGACAGCCCCCCUGAUGCAGUAGCAGAAAUGGAGAUUCCAGCUAAUAUUCAACAACAUGCAGUGGAUAAAGCUCAGGAAGGUGGAAGGGACCAAGCUUCUUCCAGCUGUUUACCCCAACCCUCAACGAGCCAGCAAAAGAGGAAAGGGGAAGAAGGAGAAGAGAUUCCAGUGAAGAAACCGGCUAUUUCUGGAGAGGAAGGACUACCAGUGGGAGGUGUCCGAAAGUACUUCUUUUACAUCAAGGAAAAGGUGAGCUCAGACUGGAAAGACCUGGCCUUCCAUCUUGGGUUUGGGCGGCCAGACAUUGACAACAUCGACGGGAGAAACCAGGAUGACAAAUCUCGCUGCAUGGACCUCUUGGAGGAAUGGCUCAAGAGCAAUGGAGAGAGAGCCACUAUACAGGUCCUGAUGAAGGCUCUGUCUGAGGCAAACCUGCGGAGUAUUGUGGAUGGUCUGAAAAAGGAAUUUGUUGGUAUCGAGACAGAGGAACAGGGAAAUGCAUUCAGGAGUGCGGUGGCCACUAACUGCAAAAGCACCCUGAACACUCUGAAGCCUUUGCCUUGGAACCCUAGAUUCACUCUUGACCUUGAUAAGAUUUUCACUAGUCUCAAAUUAGUCAGUCUUCAUGGUGGUAGCAAGAGAGGAAUGCUGGAGUCACUUGAUGGUGUCUUUGACAAUCAGACCAAAAGUGAUCUGGAUGGAAGAUUCAAUGUUUUGGUUGUUGGAGAUGCAGGGAGUGGAAAGUCAACUCUGCUUUCUAAAACAGCCCUGGAUUGGUCAUGCGACAAAGGCAGGCUAGCAGAGAUGAAUAAGAUAGUGUUACUGGUCCGGCUGAGAGAGGUUCAGCCAGGAGAAUCCAUAGCAAUGAUUGUAUGGGACCAGUGUGUCACACAGUCAGAGGACAUUAGUGUUGCUUCUAUAGAGACAUGUCUCAGGGAAAAUGAGCCCAAACUAGUGUUUCUGUUGGAUGGCUAUGAUGAACUGGUUCCAGGUGCAAGUGAGGCUAAAGAGACCAUUCCUAAGCUUCUAGCCAAGAGGUUGUAUCCCAGAAGCAAAGUCAUAGUCACUACCAGGCCUUUCUCAGGUGUCAGUCAUAACAUGACAGUUGACUGUAAAGUUGACGUUAUGGGCUUUUCCUCAUAUAAUCUAGAGAAAUAUGUAGAAAUAUAUUUCAAUACUGUUGGUAAACCAGGUCUAGCAGAUUCACUUAUCAAAGCACUACAAGCCAAUAUUGUGGCUAGAAGUUUGAUCCAGACCCCCAUGUUCCUCAUGCUGAUUUGUGUUCUGUGGGAAGAGGAUCCAAGCAGAGUUUUCCCAGGGACAAUGUCAGGAUUAUAUCAGGAACUGCUGACAUGUGUAAUCAGGAAAUACUGUGUAAUGGAGGGUCUCGCUAUGCUUAAUGAUGAAGUACCCUCAGUGGUAUCUGCAGCACUGCUGUACCUUGGCAAACUUGCCCUAGUGUCAUUGUUGAAGGGGGAAAGCUUGGUAGACCUGGGGAAAAGUGCUGCAAUUCAGGACACUGACAUUCUACUGAGACUUGGUAUUGUUUCCAAAGAAGUGUCUGCAUCCAGACUGCACCCAAGAGAACAGUUGAACUUUCCUCACAAGACCAUGCAGGAGUUUCUUGCUGGCCGUUAUGUUGCUGACACAAUCAACUCUUCCUCAGGUGAUCUGAAUAAGUUAGUUCCACUGGACACACUGGAUGAUGUUCUGCAGCAGAGCAGUCUGGUCCAGUUUAUUUGUGGCUGUGGACAUAAAGCCACAAGGGAAAUGAUGACAAAAUUCAACAUACUACAUGAAGCUGUGUCCCAGGACAAAGAUAAGUCUGAAUCUUUGCAACAAGUCUGUUUAAUGAGUUUGUAUGAAGGUCAGGAUCCCAGUCAUUUCCCAAUAGUGAGCACACUGCUAUCAUCUCUGAACUUCACUAUCUACGUCCCCUCUAGAAAAGGAGCUGCACUUAAGUACUACCUGCAUUAUGCACCAACAUUACCAGAGGGUAGAUCAUUGAAACUUGUAGUGAGAGAGGCUAGUAAAGGAGAUGUCAUACAAUAUCUGUCAGGCCUGGUGGAAAAUCAGCUGCCAGACCUUAAGUUGUAUCUGACAAUUGGAAAAGAAGAAGGUGGAUCUAGCAGUUGUCACAUUGGCAAUAUGCUAGGUAAGCUUGUCCCUUUCCUGAGAAAUGUCCCCAAUGUGCAAUCACUGGAUCUUCAAAAAACAGGCCUUACACCUGAAUCACUCCAGGCACUUGGAGAUAUCCUGCCCAAGCUAGUUAUGCUUAAGGAACUUGACCUGUCAGACAAUAAAAACAUAGGAGAUAAUGAGGUAAGACUGCAGGUUGAAGUUACAAGUUUGACUGAUCUGAACCUCAAGCGCUGUGGGCUUGGGGAUUUGUUUCUGAAAUCCCUUACUGCUGUGCUGCACCAUUUCCACUGUCUGGUAAAUAUAAGCCUUUCGCACAACAAAAUAGGAAAGAAUGGGCUGGAACCUUUUUCUCUCUUGGAGCAACCAGUCCCUAGCCUAAAGAAUCUUGACCUUGAUCAUAACAUGAUAGGGGAUAUUUGUCUGAGAUCUCUGGCAGCAGUGCUGCUUCAUCUAUCCUGUCUCGAGAAACUGAACCUAUCUCACAACAACAUAGGGGAUGAAGGGCUGGAACCUUUUGCUGCCAUCCAGCACCCAGUUCCCAACCUUAAGGUGCUAAACCUCUCAUGGAACAUGAUAGGGGAUAUUUGUCUGAGAUCUCUUGUAGCUGUGCUGCAUCAUCUAUCCUGUCUGGAGAAUCUGAGCCUAUAUCACAACAACAUAGGGGAUGGUGGUUUGGAACCCUUUGCUGCCAUCCAGCACCCAGUUCCCAACCUUAAGGUGCUUAACCUCUCAUGGAACAGGAUAGGGGAUAUUUGUCUGAGAUCUCUUGUAGCUGUGCUGCAUCAUCUAUCCUGUCUGGAGGAACUGAGCCUAUCUCACAACAACAUAGGGGAUGGUGGUUUGGAACCCUUUGCUGCCAUCCAGCACCCAGUUCCCAACCUUAAGGUGCUAAACCUCUCAUGGAACAGGAUAGGGGAUAUUUGUCUGAGAUCUCUUGUUGCUGUGCUGCAUCAUCUAUCCUGUCUGGAGAAACUCUACCUAUCUAAGAACAUGAUAGGGAAUGAAGGGCUGGAACCCUUUGCUGCCAUCCAGCAGCCUGUUGCCAGCCUAAAGGUGCUUGACCUCUCUCGUAACAAGAUAAGUGAUGUUUGCCUGAGAUCUCUGGUAGCUGUGCUGCAUCAUCUAUCCUGUCUGGAGAAACUGUACCUAUCUAACAACAACAUAGGGGAUGAAGGGCUGGAACCCUUUGCUGCCAUCCAGCAUCCUGUGGCCAACCUGAAGGUGCUUGACCUCUCUCGUAACAUGAUAGGGGAUGUUUGUCUGAGAUCUCUUGUUGCUGUGCUGCAUCAUGUACCCUGUCUGGAGAAACUGGACGUAUCUCACAACAACAUAGGGGAUACUGAGCUUGCAUCCUUUGCUGCCAUCCAGCAUCCUGUGGCCAACCUGAAGGUACUUGACCUCUCUCGUAACAUGAUAGGGGAUGUUUGUCUGAGAUCUCUUGUUGCUGUGCUGCAUCAUGUACCCUGUCUGGAGAAUCUGGACCUAUCUCACAACAACAUAGGGGAUACUGAGCUUGCAUCCUUUGCUGCCAACAUGCACCAUGUCCCCAGCCUGCAGAUAGUUAGACUGGAUUGUAAUCCCAUAACAGCAGUGGGCAUCAAAGACUUUGCACAGACCAUCCCCAUAAUGCCUGCAUUAAAGGAGCUGUACCUGGAACCUGAGGAGACUGCCCACCUGGAUGACACAGCUGCCACAUCCAUCGCCUCCAUGCUGACCAGGCUGCCUGUGUUGAAAGGUCUGAGCCUGUGGAACAUCUCCAUGCGGGCUGCAGGGCUCCACGCUGUGAGCACAGCUGUGGAGGAACAUACAACUAUGCAGGAAUUGCAGGGAUUGAUGUAAGUUUAGCUUCAAGCUUAAUUGAAUGAAUGAAUGUAUGAAUGAAUUGCAGGGAUUGAUGUAAGUUUAGCUUCAAGCUUAAUUGAUUGAAUGAAUGAAUGAAAUUUCAUGUGAUGUUGAAUGAUUGUAUUUCAGUGAUAACCCCUGACAAUGGUGUUUUAAGUUAAUCUCUGACAUAAAUACUAUCAUAACAUACAACUAUGCAGGAAUUGCAGGGAUUGAUGUAAGUUUAGCUUCAAGCUUAAUUGAAUUGAAAGCGAA